UGGAGAAGAUCAGGCCGGCAGUUGCGUUCGUGUCACUCCGGAGAAAGGAAUAAGCAUCAUAUGACAGACCCAGGAUGUUGGAUGACAUCAAGAAGCGUCUUGAAUUUCCUAAUCCAGUUAUUCAGUCACAGGCAGUGAGUCAUCUGAUUGCUGCAGUACUGAAAGAAAGUGUUUCUUCAGGGAAGAUCAGACACGCAUCUGACGAGACUCCUGCUUUGGGCUUGCUCUGGGAGAACUGCUGCAGUGAGAAUGUUGCCUUGCGAACAGCCUGCUCUGAGGGACUGGUGGCACUUGUUGCAGAGAAACAUGCUAAGCUCGACUAUGUUCUUAAUGGGGCUCUCAACCGAAUUCCCUCAGCAAGGAAUGUGCAUGGUUUAAUUAAAAUUAUAUGGAAAUUACUAGAAAUUCAAGCUGUUCAACCAGGAAACGGUGAAGAUGAGGCUGUGUGGAAGCUGUAUGGAAUCAGGAUCACUCCUCAUCCAUUAAUCAAUGUCCUUGAAAACAGACCUGAAUCCUGGCCAGUUAUACUGCAGCAGAUAACAAGAUUUUUCCAUCAGUGUCCAGAGAGGACACAGAGCUCAUGUCUUGGCAUAAUGACUCCAUUCCUAAGAUACCUGUAUUGUGAACCAUCUCAGUUACGGGAGUAUGCUGAACUCCGAAUGGGUUUACUUAAGAUCUUACUUCAGCCUCGUGGUCCAGAGCACAAAGAAGCACCCUCUGUGGUGGAACGUCAGAUUCUUCAACUUCUGUGUGACUUUAUUCCACACCUUCAGGUUAAAGAUUUACCGCAAGUUACAGAAGCCUUGUUUUUUCUGCAAGAGUUAUUCCUUAGCCUUCUGCGCUAUCCUGAGUUUUGGAAAGUUCAGUUAUCCCAGUUUUGUCUGCAGCUGUUAUGCUUCUGUGAACUAUGUUUAAAUGUAAUGGGAGAAUGCUCAUCUUUGAUAUCCUUAGUAGAGGAGAACUUUGAGCUCCUAAAAGAGGUAUUUCCUGUGGAGCAAUACAUAAUUGGGCUAGCACUUCUACUGCUGCAAACACCAGAAAGUCAGCAAAAGUCUAUCUUAAGUCUAGCCUACAAGAUCCUUUCCUGUUCAGAAACCCAGAAUGUCUCAACCACAGCCCUUAUUUUGGUGAUGCCAGUGCUACAGAUCUUAUCUUCUACAGCAGUGGGGGACUGCCUGGCAGAGGAUGAUUCUGGAACCACCAGACACCAGCUGGCUGUAAAUCUUUUGGGAGUAUUGCAGGAGGAAGCCAUGAAGGAUAAAAAGGAGCUGGUGCCCUGCAAACUCCUUUUGCCCAUAACAAGCUUUUACAGCUCUUUGUGUACAACCUGGAAAAUCGUAGAGCUCAUGAAAGAGAAAUUUGCAGUUACUAACUGGUUAUCCUCAGUGAAAUCACUGCUACCUGGUACAACUCAAGUCCCUGCUCAUGUUUAUCUUUUGGUGGCUUAUCUGCUGAUCCAAGAAAAUGGAGACAAUCUUUGUGAUGUUCUCCAAGCUACUACAGAAAUAGCCAAGGCUGAUUGUUCACAGGUCCCAAAUUUGAUCCCUGUUCUGAUAUAUAAAUUGGGAAGAUCUUUGGAGCCCCGACUUUACAGAGAUGUAUUAUAUACAUUGCCUACACUGGGUGUACACAAGGUCUGUGUAGCUCAGAUUCUACGUGCCAUACACACGCUGGGGAGUGUGACAAAGCUUAGACCAAUUGCUUUGCGACUGAUGACAUCUUUAUGGGAAAGACAGGAUCGAAUUUACCCGGAAUUGCAGAAGUUCUUGGCGAUGUCUGAUCUGCCGUCUUUGUCUGGUGACAAAGAUGCUCAAUGGGAAAUGAUGAUUGCUAAAGCUGCUUGUAUUAGAGAUAUAUGCAGACAGAGGCCAUACCAGCAUGGAGCAGACAUGUUGGCUGCAAUUUCCCAGCUAUUAAAUGAAUAUACAAAACCUGAUCAAGCUUCUCCUGCUGCCAUAGCAUUACAGGGUCUUCAGGCACUUUGUGAAGCUGAGGUUGUUUGCAUCUGCUCUACAUGGAAUGCUUUGUCACCAAAGCUGAGUUGUGAUACGAGACCACUCAUUUUGAAAGCACUGAAUGAAUUGUUUGCCCUGGUUCCCUCAUUAACAGUGAAUACAAAAGAGUAUGAGAAAUUCAAAGCUCAGGCAGUCAGCUUCCUUUGGAACAACACACAAAACAAGGAUGCUAUUGUAGCCAUUUCAGCCUAUAAAUCCCUCUCAUCUUUUCCUGCCGAAGAACACACGAUUCUUCAUCUUCCUGAGCAGGCACGUCCAGAACCUGACUCACUGGAGGAAGCAGGCAUGAAUGAAGAUGAAGAGGAGAAGGAGGCAGAUGUUUUUGUUCCGGGUUCUUCAUAUAUCAAGCUGUUGUCUCUAACACCACCUUCUGUUCUAGAAGCAUUUGAAGAAUUUGCUGCCUCACUUGUGAAACAAGAGAUGACCAACAUGCCCCGUAGUGUCUAUCAUUCUGCCUUGAGAGGAGGGACCACACGCUCAGACCACGGGAAGACCGUGGCAAGCGUUCCAAACUUCUUACUGAAAAUGUAUGAGAGGAACAACCAACCAGGCAUGACACCAGGCCUUGCAGCUGGCAUGUUGUUGUGUUAUGACCUUCCAGUCCAUGUGGGCAAAGAUGGCAAGCCUAUUAAUCGAUUUCUGGCCAGCAGGGCACGCAGUUUCCAGCAAAUGCUGGUAGCCCUCAUUCAUGAGGUUAACAUUCAGCCUUCUGAGUGGCACCGCUCCAUACUGCUGCCACAGUCCUGGUUGGGAUUUAUGAGUCGAACCUACAGUGCAGUCCUUCAGGGGAGGCAGGCAGAGCUGGAGAUGCAGUUAAAGCACGGAAAAGAGGAUCCUGAAGAGGUGCAGUACAAACAGUUUACAGCCUGGCUCUGGGUCAGAGAUAUGUUGACUGAUGUCAUCAAAGGUGCUUCCAAAGACAGCCCAGUGGUGAAAGGAAAUGUGAUUUUUGCCUUAACUGGUCUUGCAGUUGCUGUAGCCAAAUAUGAAAGUAGCCUUUCCUCAGACACUGAAGGGAUGCCUGAGGCUGAACCUGAUUUUCUUCCCACAAAACACUGGAUUUCUAGAGUCACAGAAACCCUCUUUAGUAUUGUAAAUAGCCGAUAUCACCCUAAAGGGGAAGUCUUCCCGUGGUUCUACCAGAAAUCCUAUUCAGGUGAAAAUACUGCUAGUGUUAUAGCUCGUUCCUGUGCAGCCACCGCUUUGUCUCUCCUGGUGCCAGUUUUCAUUGUAUCAUGCAAAGAGAAGGUUGAGGAGGUCUUGAAUAUGCUGACUGAAAGGUUACCUGGGAAACCAAAUGCUGAUGAGUCCCAAGCUGUUCAAAUCCACAUGGGCCUUGGUUUGGGGAUGUUUAUCUCACGUUUGUAUGAAGAAAAAGUCAGUGAUGUGUCCGGUCAGCAGAUGAACUUAGCUUUAAUGAAAUCCCUGGAUGCACUGGAAAACUGCUGCUUUGACACCAGUCUGGAGUACAACACUGGAUGUAUUUUGGGAGUAGGACUUGUCCUUUCGCUUAUGAGUCACAGCAGCCAAACAGAAUCACGAGUGCACGUUUCUGCUUCAUUAAGGAAACUCUGCAAAUAUCUGGACAGCAGUGAGGACCAAAGCAGAUGGGUCCAGGAGGUACUUGCUUAUUCUGUGGCCUGUUCCUGUGUGUCUGCUUUCAGUGUUGGAAUCAUAGAAGCCGCUGAGGCUGAGGAGACCAUGAACAAACUACGGACCUUAGUGGAAAAUAAUCAGCAGACCCACAGUUUUGCUUUAGCUCUAGGUACAGUAGUCCAUGGCUUGUCAGCUUGUGGUCAUGGGAAAGCUGAAGACCUGAGUAACAGGUUAAUGCCAGCCUGGAUAAAAAUUGUCCUUGCAGAGGGUGCUCCAACAAUGCAGCGUCUGGCUGCUGUCAGUGGCCUGGUUGCGCUGGUGGGUUCAGAAAAAAGCAUGAUACAGCUGAAAUCUGAGAGCGUUCAGUCUUCCCAGUUUCAAAGUAAGGUCAAUGAAGUCAUCAGAACCCUUACGCAGAUAAUCAGUUUUUCAGGGCAGAUUGGCCUUCAGACAAAUGCAGCAGGACUUCUGGGACGUCUUCAUAUGUCCUGUUUGUCUUCUGCCCAUAAUAGAGCAUCCGUUCCUCCAGAUUUUAGUUACUUGCCUGAAAACAGCUUCAUCAGGGGAGCCAUUGACUUUAUCAUUGAAAGUGGAAAGAAAGGCCCUGAAUCUAUCUCACCUGAGCUGGUGAAAGUAGCACUUGCACCCAUUGCAUUAGUUGGAGAAAGCCAUCAGUAUCCACCUGUAAACUGGGCCUCCAUUCUUUCUCCUCUGAUGAGGCUAAACUUUGGUGAUGAGGUAAAGCAUCUCUGCCUUCAGCUGGCUGUGACACAGGCCCAGUCAUCUCAAAAUGCAGCAAUGCUUUUGGGAAUGUGGGUGGUACCUCCCCUUGUCUACAGUCUCAAUGUGAAAUCUCAGAAAUACUUGUCCACUUCCUUGCACCUGUGGAUGAAACAUGUUGCAGAAGACAAACUUCAGUCUUUUACAGAGGUGUUUUUGAUACAGCAAUUUGAAGUCAAAAACUGCACAGAAAAUCCAGAAAUUUGCCAAUGUGUUCUACAAGGACUUACACAAGCAAUGAAGCUUCCAAAUCCUGUGCAGUACUGCUGGACCUUUCUGUGCCAGGCUGUGGAGAAAAUAUUUGAGUUUCUGCCAAAUGAGGUUCAGAGAGACAAGCUGGAGAUGUAUGUUGAUGUAGUAAAAUGUAUCUCAGAAAUGGCCGAUUCAGAGAUUGAUCGCAUAGUCCAGAUCUCUAAGAGCAAUAUCGAGAAGGCCACUUUCACAGAAGUGUAUUUGAUUUCGCAAGGCAGACUGCCUCUGAUGAAAUUCAAUGCUGUGAUUGAUGCUGUUGCAGGGUAUCAUCAGAGGGACCAUAUUUUAUGGAUGCUCUUGCAUGGUUUAUAUCAUGCUCGUAUUGUGAGCCAUGAAAACACAGGAGUGCUGAAAAGAAUGAACUGGCUGCUAGACUUCAUGGGCUACACAAGAAAUUUGGCAUACAAGUCAACACCCUUACAAAACAUCAGUCUUAAAGAGUGCAUAGAUUUUCUUCUGUGGCUGUUUGCAGCUUGUGUGGUGGCCUGGGCUGACCACGGUGGACCAUUACUGCUUGGCCUCAGUACUGACUGGUCACUGUGGAAGCACCAAACAACAUUACUGGAGUUACCUGAGGAACACACUGGCAAGCACCUCACUGACAAGCUUGCUGUACAAGAGACUCUCACCCUCCUUCCAAGCAGCAUUUCCCUUUUGCUGGCUAAAGAGCCUUGGAAAGAACAAACACAGAAGUUUAUUGAUUGGCUGAUCAGUAUGUUGGGAAGUCCUAAGGAAGUGCUAUCAGAAUCUUCUGUGAGCCUGCUGCAAGUUACACUUCUGUCCUUGAGAUCUCUCGUGGAGUUCAAGAAGAAAGACGUGUGGACUCAAGCUUAUGGGUGGUAGCUGUAUGCCGUGUCUUACCUAGUGAAGAAAAUGUUCACACUUGAAAGGGUCAUAGUACUAAUCAAGCAUCAAGAAGACUAAUUUCAAAGAGGUUUCCUAUCAGAAGAUUUUGGACUUUUUUCCUUCUAAAGACUCAUAAGGUGAAAUACAAUGUGUUGUUUUUCACUGAUGGGGUUGUGUUCUGUAAUAAACUACCUAGCAUGGUUUGGACUGUGCUGAAUCUGAAUGAGAAAUAAACAUUUGAUUGUUCCAAUUGAGCUGUCAGUGACACCUGGAAGCCUCAACAGCUGGAGUGGAAUAUUCCUUUAACUCAUGGAAGCCUUGUAGGAAUGGAUUGAAAAAACCUCUAAUAAAAUCUAUUUAGAUGUAA